AUGCAACUACCUACGAUUACCGCCGCUAGCUCACUGUUGCUUGUUCCCCUCAUUGUUAAGGGUGCGCUUGCUUGUAGUGCGUACACAUACUGUCACUGCUACGACUCCAAUGGCACUGUCAACGUCAACGCAACAGGGACAGUCUGCAAUCGCUACAAUUAUAAAGAUUCAACAGCAGUAAUGGUCUCUGACGAGUGCCAGUAUACUGGCAAAGAGAGAAGAUGGGUGGGUAAACUCUGGGUAUGGUAUGGCUUCAGCAAUUGCGACUUCCGCGAACUGUGUGCUGAAGCCGGUGCGACUGGGGACGACUCGAGUUGCAGAGAGAAGCCAGGUGGCGCCCAAGGAUUUGCCCCCCACAGCUAA